ACAGGAGUAGUCCAACCUUUGCAUGGAAUUUCUGACACCACCUUCCAACGUGAAGUUUCGAUAGUUUUGCUCGCAGCAGUAUUUAGUGAAUAUUUAUUCCCAAAAAAGCCUCCAAUUUUUUUUAUUGUAAAACUGUACAAAACAUGCCAGAUUGGCCUACGUGGGCUAGUGUAUUUUUCUAAUGAUAGCAAGACAGCAAAGUUGAAAAUUGGCAAAAUCAUAAACCGUGCGUUUACGAAACCUAGAAUAGAAUUCGAAAACCAAACACUGGUGCACAAACAUGAACGCCACACGUGAAAUAAAUCAUUGAAGAUGAGGGUAUAUAUAGGGGAAAGCGUCAGAAUGCUUCACUUCUUAUCCGGGUCUCGAACCGAGUAAUACUGAGUUCACCCUGAACAUAUCUCAGAAAAGCUCAAUCUACAAAGAUGUGGUACAUAAUCCUCCUCAUCGGAGCCUUCACCGUGGACUACAUAUCGGCAGAGGAAAUUGAACACGGAAACUAUCUCCUGAACAUCGACGAUGGGAUUCUACGAUCCAUAAAGGCUACGAAUAAUACACCCCAUCUUGACCUGUCCGGUUUGAAGCUGAAAAAAAUUGAGGAAAAAGUCUUUGACAAUUUAUCAGGAGUACAAAGAUUGAAUCUCGAUAAUAAUCAACUCGAGAAUCUUCCGGCUCUAAUUUUCUCCAAACUGGAUCAACUGGAAACAUUAUCGCUGGCUGAUAAUAAGAUUUCUGAAUUGGAAGACAAUAUUUUUGUAGGGUUGGAUAAACUGAAAUGUCUGAACGUGUCAAAUAACGCCUUUAGGCAACUGGAAGAUGGAGUUUUCUAUGGGCUCACGAAAUCUGUGGACGUCAUAACUGAAGGGAACGCAUUACACAGUAUUUCAACACGCGUUUUCAUGGAUCCGGCUAGUCGUGAGCCAUAUAAGGAGAGGAUGGAACCACCACGUCGGACUGAAUUACCAGAGGAGCCCACAACAACGGAAAUCCCCCCGGUGUUGGAUGCAAAUUUACUAGUAAAAAUAUGUAAAACUGCUGAUGGCAUAGUGAACUCAGUGGAGGAACGAAAAAAGGAUGAGGCACUUGCUGACUGCACAUCUGCCGUUGUCAACCAUGAAGAACGAGAGUUAAGUCUCUCAGGGUUGGGCCUCAAAAAAUUCCAAAAAGACUGGUACAAACUAUCCGCCUUUCCCUUUCUUUCAAUCGACUUCAGCGAGAAUGACAUAACUGAUAUCACACCAGAGCUCCUGAACGACCUGCCAAAAGGAUUGACUGAAGUUUAUCUUCGGAAGAAUAAAAUUCAGACUAUCAAGAAAGAUGUGAUCGCGAACGACCAUCUGAAGACCAUUGUCAUCGCCGACAAUUUCAUUUCUACAAUUGAAGAUGGGGCUUUGGAAAAAACUAAACUGACCAAUCUUGCAGCAUCGACGAACCGUCUGAAAAGCCUAUCUUUUGCAAAAACCCUACCAUCGACUCUCCAGGUGUUGACAGCCAACCAAAACGCUAUCGACGACAUUCCUGAAGACUCUAUGAAGAAUUUAAAGGAUCUCCUUUAUGUCAAUCUUGCGUUUAAUAAUGUAUCCGAUCUACCAGCGAAUGCACUUCGAGAUUUAAAGAAUCUGAAUACUCUCGAUCUGUCCUACAACCAACUGAGUGAAAUUCAUCCCGGAACUUUUGAAGACCUUGAAAAAUUAAUCACCCUUCGUCUUGCCCACAAUGGCAUCGUUACAGUGAAUUUCGGAUGCUUUAGAGGUUUGAACGUGAUAAAAUCCCUUCACCUGAAUAACAAUAAAAUUAAAAAGAUCUCCAGAGAUUCAUUUUCCGAUUUAACGGGAAAACUGGGAGUUUUUAUAUACCUCUACGAAAAUGAGAUCGAAAUUAUUGAAGAAGGAAGUUUCACAGAUGUCGCAGUACUCAAUCUGUUUCUGCACGAUAACAAAAUUGCCACAAUUCCACCGGGUGCAUUCAAUGCAUCUCUACUUACGAGUCUUUAUUUGGAGAAUAAUAUGUUUACAACGAUUGACGGAGAUUCAUUUUCCGGUCUGCCGCAUUUAUUGAAACUUAGGUUGAGCGGUAACAAAAUAACGAGCAUCAAGAAAGGUGCAGCUAAGAAUCUGGGAAAUUUGCAAGAGCUUGAUAUAUCUAACAAUCCCCUCGAACGUCUUGAGAAUGGUGCACUAUACGGAUUGGGAACACAGAGUGGUUUUGUAUCCAUUGCUGAUACACCUAUCAAAAUCCUCCAAGGCGGAGCGUUUGCGGAUGUUUAGAAUUCAUUGAUCUCAUUUGACUGCAGAAUGUAAGAACGUUAUUUGUUAAAUUUUUUAUAGUCACUAUUUCAUAUCGAUGUACGGCACUGCUUAACGGAAAUAUAAAACUUCAUUCACAACGGCCUGAAUUAAUACUGUAUCCUCAAAAAAUAUUAGAUCGUUGUACAGCUUUCCCCAUUUUAUGUGAUGAAAAAUAGAAAAAAACCGGACCAAUCGAAAUUUGCAAUCAAUGAGUGGAUAAUAAUAAAAUUCGUUGUAUUAUUUA